AUGAGGUGUAACUUUCUGCCCUGGGCAGCCUCAGCUCUCUUCCUGCUGGGACAUUUGAUGGCUUCAGGAGAAACGGAGCUGGAAGAAGCAUUGCAGCUUCAAAUCAUCAACUUUAAUUUCGAAACUGUGAAGGUUACAUGGAAUGCAAGUGAAUACUCUGGAACUAAUUUGACAUUCCUCCAAAAGUUAAGCAGCAAUGAGGCCUACAGACCAUGCUCCAAGUAUACCUUUCAACAAGGUUACACUGCUGGGUGCCUCUUGGAAGUAGAAAAAGAUGAAGUUCUACAUUUUUCCAUCAGGAAUGGAACACACCCUCUUCUCAGCAAGAGUCUAUGGAUCAGUAGUUACCUGAAACCCAGAUCCCCGAGUGAUCUGAGCUUCCAGUGGCAUCAGGGAGCAGUGACAGUGACUUGCUCUGACCUGUGGUACAAAGGCCUCGUGUAUGAAAUCCAGCACAAGACCACCUUUGACACCGAGUGGCAGUCUAAGGAGGCAAAAACCUGCAAUGUCACGCUCGACAGUUUGGAUGCUGAGAAGUGUUAUUUCUUUCGGGCCAGAGUGAAAACGCUGGAGUCCAGCUACGGCUCUGACACAUACCCAAGUGACUGGUCAGCAGUGAUACACCAGCAGGGGGGCAAGGUAACAGAUUUGUGCAGGGAAAACAGCCUUUUCCCAAAUUUUAUUUUAAUUGCUGGCAUGGUCACCUUCCUGAUAGCCUCCAUUCUCCUUCUGCCUUUAUGGAAACUACCAAGGGUUAAGAAGGUUCUCCUGCCCAGCGUGCCAGAUCCCAGAUUCACCUUCUCUGGGCUCUUUGAGUCUCACCAAGGUAACUUCCAGGAGUGGAUCAAGGACACGCAGAACGUGGCUCACUUGAAUAAGAUGGAAGAUGGGGAGCAGGAGUCCAUCCCGGAAGAGGCCGUGGUGGUCCCGCUGGCCGAGAUGCCCAAGACAGUGGUGACGAGCCCUGUGUACCGGCAGACAGAGGAGGAAGAGGCCACCACGGAGCCCGGCCAGCUCCCUCGCCAGCCCCGCCAGGGCGGCGAGGUGGUCUCUCUCGGGGAUUUUACGUUUGUGAUGAGUGACAACUCAUACAUGAUGCUCUGA